UUUCGUUGUCGCACACUUGCUUAACACACGCUGGAUAGGUCAAAUAUACCCAGUAAAGAUGUCUCGGUGUUUAAAUUUAAUGAAAUAUGCCGCCGGGAUUUCUCGGCAAGCCAGCACGAGACUUUUGCUUUCCGGACGAGGAGGGGGAAGUAGAGUCCUAGCAGCGACUGUUAAAGCAGAUGAUGCUGGAGUUGGCAAGCAGCGUUAUCACUCCAGACCACAUCUCUGGGCUUCUGCUCACCCCGGCGUUGCCCAGCCUCAUCGGUACUACAGCACCCAACAGGCCGAGAACACGGAAGAGGAGCCCCUGCACACGAUCAUCAGUGAUACGGAAAAUGUACAAGGCUCCUUUUCCAAACACGAGUUCCAGGCAGAGACGAAGAAGCUUCUUGACAUCGUUGCAAGGUCACUCUACUCAGAGAAAGAGGUGUUUAUCCGUGAGCUGAUCUCCAACGGCAGCGAUGCUCUGGAGAAGCUGAGGCAUCGUCUGAUCACCGGAGGAGGGGAGACGGCACCUAUGGAGAUUCACCUGCAGACUGAUGCUGCCAAAGGCACCUUCACUAUCCAGGACACAGGAAUCGGUAUGAACCAAGAGGAGCUGGUGGCUAACUUGGGGACCAUCGCCCGCUCUGGCUCCAAGGCGUUCCUGGACGCUCUGCAGAACCAGGCCGAGGCCAGCAGCUCCAUCAUUGGUCAGUUCGGCGUGGGCUUCUACUCGGCCUUCAUGGUGGCUGAUAAAGUAGAGGUGUUCUCCCAGGCUGCAGACCCAACCACCCCUGCCUACAAGUGGACCUCCGAUGGCUCGGGUGUGUUUGAGAUCGCUGAGGCCUCUGGAGUGCGACAGGGCACCAAGAUCGUCCUUCACCUGAAAGACGACUGCAAAGAGUUCUCUGCUGAGGACAGAGUGAAAGAGGUUGUCACCAAGUACAGCAACUUCGUCAGUUUCCCCAUCUUCCUGAACGGGCGUAGACUCAAUACCCUUCAGGCUCUGUGGAUGAUGGAGCCCAAGGACAUUAGCGAGUGGCAGCAUGAGGAGUUCUACCGCUACGUGGCCCAGGCCUACGACAAGCCCCGCUACACGCUGCACUACCGCGCUGACGCCCCCCUCAACAUCCGCAGCAUCUUCUACGUCCCCGACAUGAAGCCCACCAUGUUUGAUGUGAGCAGAGAGAUGGGCUCCAGCGUGGCUCUGUACAGCCGCAAGGUCCUGAUCCAGACCAAGGCCAGUGACAUCCUGCCCAAGUGGUUACGCUUCCUCAGAGGUGUGGUGGACAGUGAAGACAUCCCUCUGAAUCUCAGCCGAGAACUCCUGCAGGAGAGCGCCCUCAUCAGGAAACUGCGUGACGUGCUUCAGCAGCGCGUGAUUCGCUUCUUCAUGGACCAGAGCAGGAAGGAGCCGGAGAAGUAUGCGCGCUUCUUCGAGGACUACGGCCUCUUCAUGAGGGAGGGCAUUGUCACCACAUCUGAGCAGGAUGUCAAGGAGGACAUUGCCAAGCUGCUGCGUUUCGAGUCUUCGGAGAUGGCCCCCGGCCAGACCACCACCCUGAUGGAGUACUCCAGCCGCAUGAAGGCCGGCACGCGCAACAUCUACUACCUGUGCGCCCCCAACCGCCACCUGGCCGAGCACUCGCCCUACUUCGAGGCCAUGAAGCAGAAGGACAUGGAGGUCCUCUUCUGCUACGAGCAGUUUGACGAGCUGACGCUCCUCCACCUGAGGGAGUUCGACAAGAAGAAGCUCAUCUCCGUGGAGACGGACAUCGUGGUGGACCACUACAAAGAGGAGAAGUUCCAGGACAGCAAACCCGCAUCUGAGAGGUUAAGUGAGGAGCAAGCGGAGGACCUGAUGUCCUGGAUGAGGAACUCCCUGGGCUCCAGAGUCACCAACAUUAAGGUGACUCCCCGGUUGGACACCCACCCGGCCAUGGUGACAGUGCUGGAGAUGGGCGCUGCCCGGCACUUCCUGCGCACCCAGCAGCUGGCACGCAGCGCCGAGGAGCGCGCCCAGAUACUGCAGCCCACACUGGAGAUCAACACCGGCCAUGAUCUUAUUAAGAAGAUGCACGCGCUGAAGGACUCCAACUCUGAGCUGGCUACACUUCUUCUAGACCAGAUCUACGACAAUGCCAUGAUUGCAGCAGGGCUGAACGAUGACCCCAGGCCUAUGAUCGCACGGCUCAAUGACCUGCUCACCAAGGCCCUGGAGAAGCACUGACCUUUAACCUGGGUCCUCUCGUCCCCCUCUUAUCCCCGCUCCAUCCAGCGACCCCUCAACCCCUCAACCUCACACCCGUCCAGUGUUCCGACAGACUUCUAGCCACCUGCCCAUACUGUAUGUGGUGCCCAAUGAACUACUAGGCCUUUUCCAUACCCUCGAAUAUGAUUGGAGCCUCUGCAGUCGCCAUCACCACCAAACACUGCUUACUUCCCUCCCUGACGACAGAAGAGGGGCCCCCGACUAGUGUGCGUGCGUGUGUGUGUGCGCGCGCGUUUGUGUGUGUGUGUGUGUGUGUGUGUGUGUGUGUGUGUGUGUGUGUGUGUGUGUGUGUGUGUGUGUGUGUGUGUGUGUGGGGGUGGGUGGGUGGUUGUGUGUGUGUGUGUGUGUGUGUUGCCUCAGUGUGUCAAGACUCUGAAAGAGAAUGUGGGAGCCUGCAUCUGGACGUGGUUGAAUAUCUGAACUGCUGGAUCAACUGAGUAGUGUUGCUAUGACUAAGAAGAGGAGUGUGUAUGUCUGAAGGAUGAUGUUGUGAAAUGGUCACUCUGUCUGUCUGAGUCUGAUUUAGGGUUAUGAAGAAAGAGCAGCAUGGGCUAUAAUGUGGUGAAACGUUGGCACGUAGCCAUACUGUGUGUACGCGCUAGAAACUCUCUUAAGAUAGACUGGAUAUUUUUAAUAUUUAUGAAGCUUUGUAAAGUAAGAGCACUAAUCCAGUACAUCGUUAAGAGCCAUUCAUAGCCACUUAAUAGCUGCAAAACUCUGAGAUAAGCGUGAAAUGUUACAGCAGUAUGUUGGAUGUGAGUGAGAGGGUCGCAGUUCAGAAAUUCAAAUGCACUACUCUGUAUUCUAAAUGCUCCCAAGCAAACGGUUCCAUCGUGACUUUAUCUGUUGUGUGAAUGUUGUCUGUUCAGUUUUGUUGAAAUAUAAUUUCUUGCGUCAUGACAAAACAAGGGAAAGAGGAAAUGCUCUUUCAAAUGUGAGGCAUUUAUUCCAGUGUUGGGCGUGAACAUUGUGAACCUGGGUAUAAUGAAAAUAUAUGAACAUAACAUUACACAAAUUAUUGUCUUGUAAUUAUAUUCAAAUGCCUAAUUAAAGUUUUCUUACAAAAUA